GGUGAUGAGCCGCCCUCUCCAGUUGAAAACUGUGCUGCGAGCUUUGACGUUGUGCGCGCUGUGUUAUGUUCGAAUAACACGAGGUCGGAAUAACUACAAAAUAUUACGUUAAUAAAGUGUUAAAACUGAAUUUAUUUUCGAAAAUAUUUAUAUGAAUUUUUAAAAUGCAGUUGCAAAUUUUGAUGCAUUUUUUUGUGUUUCAAUUCGGCUUACUUUGCUGUUUCGCCAUAAACCAAUAUCAAAGCUACGAUGAAGUGCCCUCAAGCACGGAUCGAAAUUUCUACACGAAUUCACUAUUGUGCAUGGAUAUUAAGCCUCAACACUCUGUAGAUAUAGGACAGAUCACCGGCAUGUGGUAUGGCAGCGAGAUCAUUAUUCAUACACAGGAUAUACCUGGUAUAUACGAGUAUGACAGUUGCGUAAUAAUUCAUCUAAAUGAUAUAACAGAACAAAUGCGCAAUCAUUAUAAUAAUCAACAGUACACUCAGCAAUAUAAUCAACGACGUACACAAAAUGGACAACAACAACAACAGCAAAUACAAAACGCAAACAACGAACGCAACUCAGCACGUUACCUCCGACUAAUUUGGAGCGAAAGCGAAAAGAACCUGGAGUACAUGUUCAAUUACACGGAAAGAAGUCCAGGUCUAUGGACCAAUAUAGGGGAACAGCGGGGCUCACUAGUGGCGCUCAACUCUUACAAUCAAUUUACAGGUACUGUGCAGGUGGUGAAAGCCGUUAAUGACCAUUUGGUAUUGACAUUUUGCGGCAAUGAUAUGUCCAGUUCCAUAUACACGCUGGUUCUUAGUCGAACGGAAAAGGGUCUAAGUAUAGAGGAGCUGCGUAGUAUUCGAAAUCUGCUGUCGAGACGCGGCUUACACACGGAGACGAUUCGAAAGGUGUGCAGUUCAGCGGCUGCGAGUCCGGCGAUAAUGCAUAUUUCCCUUCUAACACUACUUGGAGUAUUUGCUAUACUUAAAUCCUAUUACUAAUCAUUCAAAUCAUAAUUGAAUUCUAAGUAUUUUCAAAGUUUGAUAUCCCUACCAUUCUUAGCGCCUAAAUUCAUGCAAUAAUCUCUAUACUUGUACAGCUAAUUGUUUUGAAAUACAUUUCCUAAAACCCAUCAAA